CCCCAGCAGCCCCCCCUGCUGCCACGAUGUUUUUCACUUGCGGCCCCAACGAGGCCAUGGUGGUGUCAGGCUUCUGCCGCAGCCCCCCUGUGAUGGUGGCUGGGGGCCGGGUCUUCGUCCUGCCCUGCAUACAGCAGAUCCAGAGGCGAGUCCUGGGGAGGGGUACUUCCGGGGGGGGGGUCUAGAGCCCAUUGAUUUGGUUGGGGGGGGGCGUGCCCCGCUCCAUCCCUGGGCCGCAGGUGAAGAUCCAGGGGCAGAACAAGGAGAUGCUGGCAGCCGCCUGCCAGAUGUUCCUGGGCAAGUCUGAGAGUGAGAUCACCCACAUUGCACUGGAAACGCUGGAGGGGCAUCAACGCGCCAUCAUGGCCCACAUGACCGUGGAGGAGAUCUACAAGGACCGACAGAAGUUCUCUGAGCAGGUCUUCAAAGUGGCCUCUUCUGACCUGGUGAACAUGGGUAUCAGCGUGGUCAGCUACACACUCAAGGACAUCCAUGAUGACCAGGAUUAUCUGCAUUCCUUGGGCAAAGCCCGGACGGCCCAGGUCCAGAAGGAUGCCCGGAUUGGAGAGGCUGAAGCCAAGAGAGAUGCUGGCAUCCGGGAAGCCAAGGCAAAGCAACAGAAGCUCUCAGCCCAGUACUUGAAUGAGAUCGAGAUGGCAAAGGCGCAGCGGGACUAUGAGCUGAAGAAGGCUGCCUACGACAUUGAGGUCAACACCCGCAAGGCCGAGUCGGACUUGGCCUACCAGCUCCAGGUGGCCAAGACAAAGCAGAAGAUUGAGGAGCAGAAAAUGCAGGUGCUGGUGGUGGAACGAGCCCAGCAGAUAAAUCUGCAGGAACAGGAGAUAAUUCGCAGGGAACGGGAGUUGGAGGCCACCAUCAAGAAGCCGGCUGAGGCUGAACGCUACCGCCUGGAAAAGCUGGCUGAGGCUGAGAGGUCCCAGCUCAUCAUGCAGGCUGAGGCAGAGGCAGAAUCCGUGAGGGUGAAGGGGGAGGCGAGGGCGUUUGCCAUCGAGGCCAAGGCGCGGGCGGACGCUGAACAGGUGGCCAAGAAGGCUGAGGCCUUUCGGCAGUACAGCGAUGCCGCCAUGGCCGACAUGCUGCUGCAACGCCUGCCCGAGGUGGCGGAGGAGAUCAGCCGCCCGCUGUCCUCGGUGCAGCGGGUGACACUGGUGUCCAGUGGGGACGGGGCUGUGGGCGCCGCCAAGCUGACAGGGGAGGUGCUGGGCAUCCUGGACAAGCUACCUGACACGGUGGAGAAGCUUACAGGCAUCAGCAUCUCUCAGAUAAGCCAGAAGAAGCCAGGCCGCAUGUCCUGAGCUCCCGGCACUACUCGCCCCUCCUUGCCUCGCAUGGGACCCCCUGCUCCACCAGCUCUGGGUGGGGCCGAGCUACCCCCUGCCCCCACUUGCACUUCUGUCCCUCCGUGCCAAGUCCGCGUGGUUUAUAGACCCCCCUCCCCAGUGCCACUUGGAGGACAGCAGGGGUCCCCCCAUCUUCCCUGCUGCCCUCCCCUCCCUCCCACUGCCAUAGCCCAUCUACCUGCCUCAGCCCCAUCUCCUACAGUGCCUUGUCCAGCCCCCGCACAGGUGCAGCUGCCUGUAUGUGCCCCGCUGGUGCCACCCGGUCUGUGCCAGACAUAAUUAAACCCUGCCAGGGUACAUGGA